GUUAUUUGCCUGUUCCUCAUCUGAUUCCAAUACAUUUUGCCUGAUCUACGGGAAAGCUGCUGGAAAUUCAAGUGACUACCUGAAACUCAGGCUGCAGGAGACUUUGGCAAGCAGACUUGGAAUCAGCAGGCUCAAGUAAAAUGGGAACCACAGGACUAUCUCUUUCCAGACACUUGUUUGUCAUGUGCCUUCUUGAGAUGGUAACACUAACUUCAGAACAGUUCACAGUAAAUGGUUUGGAGAAGCCAGUCUUGGUUCAAUUGGGUGCAGAAGUAGAGCUCAGUUGUCAGUUGUCCCCACCACAGAACGCACAGCACAUGGAGAUCCGCUGGUUCCGGAACCGCUACAAACAACCUGUGUACCUAUAUAAGGAUGGUAGAGACCUACAUGCAGAAAUUGUCUCCAGGUAUGUGUAGAGAACAGAGCUUGUGAAAGAAGCCAUUGGAGAAGGUAAGGUGACCCUCAGAAUCUUUAACGUCAGUGCUGAAGACGACGGCAAAUACCACUGCUUCUUCAAAGACGGUGAUUUCUAUGAAGAAGCCAUAAUACAAGUGAAAGUUACAGCUACAAGCUUAGAAAUACAGCUUCUCCUGUAUCCACCCAAUAUCAAAGGCAUUAUGGUGGAGUGUAAUUCGAGAGGAUGGUUCCCAGAGCCUCAGAUGGAAUGGAGAGACAGCAGAGGAGAGCUCAUUGCACCCACUUCCAAAUCUGUCUCACAGGACAGAGACAAAUUGUUCAGCAUGCACAUGACCCUUCUCCUUAAUAGCAGCUCCUAUGGGAACAUCACUUGCUGCCUUAGAAAUCCUGUGACUGGUCGGGAGGAAAGGACAAGCCUGGUUUUAUCAGCAGAGCCAUCCCUAUGGAGCCAUAUUUGGACAUUGAGUCUGAUUGCCAUUUUUGUUGUGCUGCUGGUAUUUGUAAUGCUGCCUGGUAUUGAAUUGCAAAUGAGACUCAGAGGUAAAGUUUGGAGAUGGUCAUCUCCUUGUAUGGUGAGCAUAAUUAUAGUCAUAUUAUCAGUGAUGGCAACGACCCCAGUUCUUUUAUGGUUGCAUCGGAAAGAAAGAGAUUUCCUUUAUUUACUUCAGAUUGAGAGGUAUCCUUCAAGUUUAAAGCUUCUCAUCUUAAGCUCUGCAGAGAAGGACCAUUAUGCCACAUGA